UAAAAAUACGAUUUCCAAUCCGAGCUCAAAAACCACUCGUUAUUUAAAGGCGGACAGAAUAGAUUGAUGGAAACACGUUCAAAACCAUUUUAAAAGUGUGCUUAAAUCUGUGUCAACGUUUUAUAGUACGUUUUGUAACUCGCGCCACAAAUGUUUUUUUACAAGAGUACUUUGAGGUUAUGAAGCGUUAUAUUCAUAACAAUUGUGAGGCAUGCUCUACAUUUAUCACAAAAUUGAUUUACACGGAAAUAUAAAAUAGGAAUUAAGUAGCACGUUUAAAACGUUGGAACAUAAAAUGAUGUGGUUGCGACGACCGUUUACACUACCAAUUUUACUUGGUUUAUCUCUAACGAGUGUUAGCAUUGCUGUAUUAUAUGUAUUGUUCAAAAAGGAUGAAGAUGAUAUAAAAUCCCGAAAAAAAAAUAUUGAAAUUGCAAAACGAAUUUCGAUAGAUUGUAAAGUACCUAGGCAAUUUGUACCUGCAGUUAUUGGAAGAGGUGGUUCAGUGAUAAAAGAUAUGCAGGAUAAAACAGGAACCCAUAUACAUUUUGAGGAAGAUAAUAUUGAAUGUCCUAAUCGUAUUUGCAUCAUAAGAGGCAGUUAUGCAGGUGUACAUUUAGCAGAAGAAAUGAUAAAGUCCAUAAUUCAAAAUCAGCCUAUAAUUGAAACAUAUGAAAUGUAUGUACCUCAAAAGGCAUGUGGAAAGAUAAUAGGAAGAGGUGGUGAAAAUAUACAACAAAUUCAAACAAUGUCUAGUGCAAAAAUCAUUGUUGAAAAUAGCUAUGCACCUUAUGAUCCAAAUGCUGAAAGGAGGAUUAUUAUAAAAGGAACAACUGAUCAAAUUGCUGCAGCUUUGUCUCAUAUUGAAGACAAAGUUCGUGAAGAAAAAGAAGCACGUACAAAACUAGAGGCUUCUUCUGCAGCAAGAUUACCCAGAGGAAAAUUGUCUCCUAGGAACACUGUAGUUAGUGCAUCAGAACCAAGCACUGAAUCUUUAUCAAUACAAGUCACUGAUGGCUUAAUGGAAGUAUAUGUAUCUGCAAUGGAAAAUCCUAGUCAAUUCUGGGUUCAAGUUGUAGGUUCUGGAACUACAGCUUUAGACAAAUUAGUUUGUGAGAUGACUGCCUAUUAUAACGAUGAACAAAAUCAUGAAUUGCAUACAUUAAGAAAUAUAACACCUGGUCAAAUAGUUGCAGCCAAAUUCAGUUUUGAUGAACAAUGGUACAGAGCACAAGUUACUUCCACACCUGAGGAUGAUCAGUGUGAAGUUUAUUUUGUGGAUUAUGGAGACCAUGAAAUGGUCCAACUUGAUCAUGUGCUGGAACUUCGAACCGAUUUUCUUAGCUUACGAUUGCAGGCAAUCGAGUGUUCAUUAGCCAACAUUAAACCAAAGGAGAAUGAAUGGAGCAUCGAGGCUUGUGACAAAUUUACGGAACUCACUUGGUUGGCUCAGUGGAAGGUACUAAUAGCCAAAGUUAGGGGCUACAAAGAGCGAGCUUUUGGAUAUGGAAGAUUCAGACGCGAGGGCUCGCCGAUUCCAUCCGUCGAUCUUUACGACAAAAACGACGAUAAGGACAUCAACAUUGGUCAAGAGUUAAUAAACGAGGGUUUAGCCGAGCCAGAAGAAACUCUAUCAUCUGCAGCCUCUUCAACGUUGUCGUUAUCUACACGGAGCCACGAGAUCACGACUAUUUCAAGUCCUGCGUCUACUUCGCCGUUAGCGAAACGAGCUCUGAGCCCUGAAACGCCGGUAAACACUUCACGUAAAUUGGAUUCGACCAUCGACUUGCCAAAUACAUCGGUCAUAGAGCUCGAUAUGUCUAAGGAUGUGCCAUUGCGCCGUCUAGGUGAAGACAUUAAUCUGAUAACGCCACAGAAACCAGGUGGCCAGAUCGAGGAGAUCGAUUUGGUGACACCGGUGAAGGACGAGACGAGCCGUUUCAUCGAGACAGAGAGGAAAGUGCACCGUGAGGACGGUGCUGGUGAUUAUUUGCGUAACGGAAGCAGAAAUAAGUACGGGAAAUCGGAGACUUUGCAGUUUAAAAUCAACAAAUCGGCACGAUUCGCUCCGGCCGGCUAUGAGAGCGAUAUAUCCGAUGAUUCUGAAGAAUUGGAGCUGGGGUAAAUCGAACGAACCAGCCAUUUUUUCCCCCUAUGGAAUAUGCUUCUUCUUUUCUUUAGCCUCGUAGAUAUUUGAUAAUACAAUGUAAAAUUGGAACGAAGUAUAUACUUCGAUGAGAAAAGGACAAGAUAACGUAGAAGAUCCGCCAAUGAAUCUAACCCUCUCCACUUGUACGCUUUUUUCUAUAUUCCAUUCUUAGUAAUGUUUCGUUGUUUUCUUUAAUUUCAUUGGAGAGAGAUACGCUUCUUUUUACUAUUCCUACGGUGUACCUUUUGUGAUACUUCGAUAAUUAUCGUAGUGAAUUAUUUAGAAGAAGAAAGAGAGAGAGAGAGAGAAAGAGAGAGAGAGAGUGUGUUACUUUGUAGAAUGGUAAUGGUUUUUAUGUGCACUCAUGAAUGGCGAGUUAAUCGCGAUGUUUUGUUGGUUUGGAAAUGAGAAGCUGGACUUAGGAGAGCUUGAGACG